UGUUGUGUUUCCAUUACAUACAUUUUAUGUAGUGUAGGUAAUCGGAAAAUUAUUUGUGUAAUACAUUUAUGGUCGUUACUUUAACAUUUACAUGAUACAAAGUAAUGGGAUUUUUAUUUAGUAAACCCAAACCCAGCAACCCAUUCAAGGGCAGUCAUGAAUGUGAGAUAUGCCCCAGAGGAGAGGCAGAUUUAGCAAGGAAUUUUAUCAAGUGUGGGAAAAAUCCGGGCCAUAGGAAUUUUAUUCCUGUGGAUCAGUUCACCAAGGAUUAUCUCCCUGAGCGCUACCGAAACCCGGACAUGACAAAGUUGGUUACUUCCCUUGCCGCCACCACCGUGCUGAUUAAAGUAAACCACACCAGCUCAGCGAGGCCAAAGUCCACGCCCCAAUUCGACGACUACCCUGCUCACAGCGGGGGUCAGGGGUUACGGCUUGGCUCCGGAAGGCUGUGUCGAGUGAGUAAGAACACGGACCGACAUAAACUGUGCGCGUGUGAGCGGUGUGAGUUGAGGCCCAGCAGGGUUUGGUGGAAGUGUGAGGUCAUCACCGCCGCUCAUGUGGUGUUUGACGCCAGCGAGGCUACAGCGACAAAGUGUGUGUUUGGGUAUGACAACAAAGACAGCUGUACUUGGUGUUUGGAAGGGUUUGAGAUCGAAGAAGUUGACGUUGAUGGGGACUGGUGCAAGUUGGUGCACGCCACGUGUGAUCAGGAAAAGGUGCAGAAACUCGACGAUCUGUGGAGGAAUUUCCGAUUUAGAAGUGUCGCGGUACAUGAGAGGUACAAGGAGUUGGAUGAUGUGGAUAAACUGGUUGUUAUUGUGUCCCAUCCACACGGCGCCUGUAAGCGGGUGUCGGUUGGUCAGUGGAAGGUGAAGAAGGUAGAUGGUGUGGGGUAUACGAGGUAUGCGUACAACACCUGUACGUGCCCAGGUAGUAGUGGUGCUACUGUGUUUAGGCUGGGGUACGGUGGGCUGUAUAGUCACACCCAUAGUGGGAGUAGUGGGGCUCAGGGGAAUUUUAGCUCUCGUUGGAUGGUGUGAGGGAUAUUUGUCCACACAACAUGUAGUCAUACACAUUGCUACAUAAUGUGAGGGGAA